CUCAGCUUGGAGCUCGCAGGCCAGACAUUUUAAAUACAUAAAGUGCCCCGACUCGAAUGAUUAGAUAGCGAAUUAUAAUCCAUCGAUUUGAUUCUACUAUAUGAACCGGCUAUUCCUCUGGCCAGUCCUGCUUCCCACGAAGUGAUAACGGUUGAAGUCACAAUAUUAUAUCUCUCCUUUACUUCUACUGUGCCUCAGAAUUUUUUCCAUAAUGGCCUCUUCAACACUUGCAACUGUGGGCGUUUUGUCAAUUGGCGAGAUGGGCCUGGGGGUUGCCAAGUUGUUAAUAGCCCAUAACUACCGCGUUGUUACCAACAUCACAGGUCGAAGCAAAUACACUCAAGAGAGGGCAGAGGAGGGCAAAAUAGAGACCUUGUCAACCGAUGAAGACGUUGUCCGAGAGGCCGACUACAUCCUGUCCAUUGUACCUCCACGAGAUGCUCUGGCCACGGCUCAGCGGGUUGCCGAUGUCCUACAGUUCCAUAAAGGCAUACGUUCAACACCAUUGUACUAUCUGGACCUCAAUGCCGUGUCUCCGCGGAGCGCAAGAACCAUCUUAAAUCUGUUUCGAGAUCCCAACGUUGCUAUCCCUGUUGACGGUGGUAUUUUCGGUGGACCUCCGUCACUCAAAGAUGCACCCACUGACGGCUCUGGAAAUUCAAGCUGGUAUAAACCAAAGAUCCCGACGUCCGGGCCUUAUAAGGUAGCCGAAUCACCAAAGUCAGGCCAGCAUCUUGCCGAAACCUUGAACAUUAGACACAUCUCCGAUGAUAUUGGCCAGGCUUCGGGCCUGAAGAUGUGUUUUGCAAGCACAAUGAAGGGGUUCUCUGGGAUACUCACUCAAUCUUUCACUACCGCUCAGCAACUUGGCGUGCUUGACGAGCUAAAGACAUUGUUGGGAGAGAUAUCUCCUGCAACUCUCCAUGCUGCUGAAAACUCUGUUCCUAGAGUGCCUCCAAAGGCGUAUCGUUGGGUUGCAGAAAUGGAGGAGAUUGCCGCCACAUUCUCGGAAGAAGCAGGCUUUGAAAAAGACUUGUUCCUGGGCGUAGCAGGGGUUUACAAGACAAUGUCGAAUGACACCGUGCUAGGACAAGAGAAGACGGGCUAUAGGAAGAGAGGAAGGACUGUGGAGGAUGUUGCGUCAGCGAUGAAUGAAGGGCUACAGGCAAAGAAGAAGAAGAGCGAGUAGAAGAGUUACUCAAUAUGCCAGACUGCUCACGUAGAGAAGAAUUCCAUGUUUUAUUUUUCUUAUAU